GAGGUGGGAGACCUCUUUUUUUCGAUGCUUUCCCUUAAAGCUGCCCGCGAAUAAUGGCCGCCCCGGGCAGCUUAGCCGGAGCUGCCCGACCCGUCUCUGGCUGUUUAAGUUGGGAAUCACUUUUGGAGAACGUCCUUCCUAGUUUCAACGCUAACACUUGUGAAAAACAAGCAUUCUGAAUUCUCAACACCCUUAGUCCUUUCUUCUUCUCUGUCAUUCCCUCUUUCUUUCUCGCCAUGAGCCUCUUUGGCCUGGGCAGAAACCAAAAGACAUUUCGCCCAAAAAAGAGUGCACCCUCAGGCAGUAAGGGUGCUCAGCUCAGAAAGCACAUUGAUGCCACACUAGGUAGUGGAAAUCUGAGGGAAGCAGUAAGGCUUCCUCCAGGGGAGGAUGCAAAUGAGUGGCUUGCUGUUAAUACUGUGGAUUUCUUCAAUCAGGUGAAUCUACUCUAUGGCACCCUCACUGAGUUCUGUACCCCGGAGAAUUGUCCUACAAUGACAGCAGGCCCUAAGUAUGAGUAUAGAUGGGCAGAUGGCGUACAAAUUAAGAAACCAAUUGAGGUUUCUGCACCAAAAUAUGUUGAAUACCUCAUGGACUGGAUAGAAUCUCAGCUUGAUGACGAGUCAAUAUUUCCUCAAAAACUUGGCACACCCUUCCCUCCCAACUUCAAAGAAGUUGUGAAGACCAUAUUUAAACGCCUGUUUCGUGUGUAUGCUCACAUAUAUCACUCACAUUUCCAGAAAAUUGUGAGUCUUAAGGAAGAAGCUCAUCUCAACACCUGCUUCAAGCAUUUCAUACUAUUCACAUGUGAAUUUGCUUUGAUUGACAAGAAGGAGCUAGCACCACUUCAAGAGCUUAUAGAAUCCGUUAUAGUGCCUUACUGAACUGGAACUGUAUACCUGGAGACUCAAUUUAGAUGGUUACUAAAAAAUUAAAAUCAAUAAUGUUAUUGUCUAAACAGUUUGGUUUUGCUUGUUACUUACUAUUAAUGUGUUUCUAAGUGUAGAUAUUCUUGGUCUUGUAAAUAGCUGUCUUCUUAUCAUACAGCAGCUCUGUUGGAAAACCAUGGUUGCUGCACAAGUUCUCCUUGAUGAGAUGACGUGCUUGCUUUGCUAAUUAGUCUUUUUUAUUUGGUACAUGAAGUUUCUCUUUCUUGUUCUCAACAACUUUACUGCAAACAAUUCAUAAAUGUGCUUAGUUUGUGCGUGAUUUCCAGUUC